AUGGUCACGCUAUCGAUUUCAGUACGGCCGCCGCCCAUCGCCCCUGCGUGGCGCAUCACCGUGGCGCGUGGCCGCAACGCCUCCUCCAAUGCGGUCGCGGUUAGCUCGAAUGCUCGAACCGAGGGGCCACCGGACGCGUGUGGUAACCCUGUAACGUGUGACGGCCGCCCUCGCAUGCUGCGCUCUCCGUGGUGUGAUGUGCCGCCAUGUGCGCGGCCACUCCCCGCCAUGUGCGAAGCCACUCCCCGCCAUGUGCGAGGCCACUCCCCGCCAUGUGCGAGGCCACUCCCCGCCAUGUGCGAGGCCACUCCCCGCCAUGUGCGAGGCCACUCCCCGCCAUGGCUCACUGCGCCUCGCUGCUUGUUCCCCUCCACCUCUGUUCCCCCUCUCCAACGUGGGAAUCCGCUUCUGCAACCUCACCCGCGCCCACCUCCCGCAUCCCCCGUUGCGCCCGUCCCCCGCCAGACGCAUCUCGCGCCGUGCAGACGGCGUUGGCGGACGGCCUCACGCGCAUCGAAGUCGACUUCCCGUCAGUCCCCCGCCCGCCCCUCCCCCUCCACCUCACGCUGCUCACCCGCCCGCCACCCCUUUCCCACCACGUUCCAUGACAUCACCACCAUGUUCCAUGGCAUCACCACCAUGUUCCAUGGCAUCACCACCAUGUUCCAUGGCAUCACCACCAUGUUCCAUGACAUCACCACCAUGUUCCAUGACAUCACCACCAUGUUCCAUGACAUCACCACCAUGUUCCAUGACAUCACCACCAUGUUCCAUGGCAUCACCACCAUGUUCCAUGGCAUCACCACCAUGUUCCAUGGCAUCACCACCAUGUUCCAUGGCAUCACCACCAUGUUCCAUGGCAUCACCACCAUGUUCCAUGACAUCACCACCAUGUUCCAUGACAUCACCACCAUGUUCCAUGGCAUCACCACCAUGUUCCAUGGCAUCACCACCAUGUUCCAUGGCAUCACCACCAUGUUCCAUGACAUCACCACCAUGUUCCAUGGCAUCACCACCAUGUUCCAUGACAUCACCACCAUGUUCCAUGGCAUCACCACCAUGUUCCAUGACAUCACCACCAUGUUCCAUGGCAUCACCACCAUGUUCCAUGACAUCACCACCACCCGCCCCACCACACGCACCACAUUGAGUGGCACCGUUGCUCGUCCCCAUUCGUCUCUCUCUUUCUUCUCCCAACCCCAUUUGCCCCGCUCUCCCAUCACCCUCAUGCAAACCCCUCCCACUGCCGAGUGGAAAGGCGGGCUACGAGGUGAAACCCUGCUGCCAUGCCCUCCGCCUUCUCCCUCUCCUCCCAACCCCUCCUCGCUUCCCCUCCCUCACCACUCUCUUCCCGUUCAUCCUGUCCCAAUCCUCAUUCCUCCUUCUCCUCCUACUACUGUCGCUCCUUUUCCAAACUCUCAUUCACUCUUUCUCAACCCUCUGCUCAUUGUGUUGAGCAGUGGGGGGGCGGUGGUGCCUGGGGGUCACUGGCCCUCCUUCCCCCCCCCCUCCUCUACUCCCCCCUCCCUCUCUGCUGCCACACACCUCCACGGCCCUGCCCUGCCCCUCAUUCGCUCCCUCCCUUGUCGCCCAUCUCCAACCCCCCAACCCCCCUCCGGGUGUGGCAUGGCAUGGCAUGGCAUGGCAUGGCAUGGCAUGGCACGGCACGGCACGGCACGGCAGGGGUCAUCGGAGGAGUACAUAGAGGCCAACAUCCAGCUCGCCCUGGCGCUCGUGCGCCGGCUGCACGGCGCCACCGCCACCACCGCCAAGAUCGUGCUUCCCGACGGGCCAGAGAAGCGCCGCUGCUCCCGCCGCUUCAAAGCUGCUCUGGACAUGACGGACGGGGUGUCGCUGGGGUGUUUGGAGGACGACCCUGUGGCAGCACCGGGGCAGGCGGGCGCACCGCAACCACGCAGCGCGGGUGGACGAGGAGAGGGCGGGUUCUUGUCGGCGCUGAAGAACGCGCUGGACCUUGACUUCGGGGGGCAGGAGACCGGCUGUGAGCUGCGUUGCGCCCACUGUCCCUUCCGCUCUCUCCCUCGCCCUUCAACUCCCACCUCCUCUCCACACUUGAAUCGCCAUCCGCUUGCCCUCUUCCCCGUGGCGGGCAUGGCAGGCGAGUGGGCAGCAGCAACGCCAUCGGAUCUGUACAUCAUCGCCAACGCCAGCUGCCAGGAGCUGCCCGCCGUUCAGGCCUACCUCGUCAGUGCUGCUGCUCUCCCCCCCUCGCCCCUCUCCCUUCACCCCUCGCCCCUCCCCCCUCGCCCCUCCCCAUUCCCCUCUCCACCUCCUCUCUCCACCCUCCCAUCCACGUACCCAGCAACUCCCGCUCACCCCCACUCUUGUGGUGGGCUGCCAACCCAUGCGCUGCUCUUUGCACCCCCUGCACAUGUGCUGCUCUUUGCACCCCCUGCACAUGCGUCCGCCGUGUUAGACCAGCCCGCCACUGCAUCCACCACGGACACAUCUGAGUCACCUUUUGACAAUGUCACACGCUUCUUUUUCUACAUGGGGAAUCAUUGGUGCGUGGAGGUUACCAAAACGAGUGGCCAAAUUGAGAAGCUCCCCCCCGCCACGCCGGUGCUGCUUUUCAACCUGGAGCUCGACACGCUCAGGGCGGACCUGGGGCUGCUGGGCUUCCCCCCCAAGGACCUGCACUACCGCUUCCUGUCCACCUUCCGCCCCGUCUUCUACCUGCGCCCGCGCGACUACUCCAAGGUGCGCGACUACUCCAAGGUGUGCGUGCGGCAAAUGCUGCAAGGUGCUGCAAGGUGCGCGUUCAAAUGA